CAACCGCGCCUAACCCCUGCUACAGAGUUUUGCAACAAAAGACAACGACUUGGAAAGUGUUUUUCAGAGGAAUUACAAGGGAUUUUAACACUGGACGGGGAGAGAACAAAGGGGAGGGCCGGUCUGAGCUGAUGGACUCGGGGAUGAGAUAGCGCUCAUAACUAACCCCAUCUCCCCAUCCUUCCCUGUCGGACGGACGGUUCUUUUUCUUUCCGGAUGAUGUAACUGUUUUAUGACAGACUGGGCUCGGAUGUGUCCUCGCCGCUGAAGAAGAGCUCAUUUUUUCCUUUAAUUAUCAGCACACGGUGUAUUCCGACUGCAGACCCGCAUCCUGCGGUUUUUAGGAGCCCGGGUCCAGGUUUCGGUGAGGGGGCUCAACUCUGCGGGACGUUGCGCAGCGCUCAGCAGGCUGUUCCCCGGGGUCGGUGAGCGGUGGUGCAGUCAUGUGGCAGAGGAUUCAGAUUUGUUGGGCACUGUUUGCACUGUAUUCAGCGGCACCGCCUGCACACAUCAACCGCCUGGCGCUGUUCCCUGACAAGAGCGCCUGGUGCGAAGCCAAGAACAUCACACAGAUAGUCGGGCACACGGGAUGUCAGCCUCGCUCUAUUCAAAACAGAGCUUGUCUGGGCCAGUGUUUCAGUUACAGUGUCCCCAACACAUUCCCACAGUCAACAGAGUCCCUGGUGCACUGUGACUCCUGCAUGCCUGCCCAAACACAGUGGGAAGUGGUGACUCUGGAGUGCCCGGGCAGCGAAGAGUCUCCUCGUGUGGAUAAGUUGGUGGAGAGGAUCUUCCACUGUAGCUGCCAGUCCUGCAGUAAGGAGGGCAGCCAGGAAGGGGCAGUGAUGCAGCUGUAUCCAGCAGACAACGUCGUGGACGCUCCAUCUUUAUCUGACACCCUCAGCGGCGCUCGGUCUCACCCUUUGCCUCCAUCAGACACACACUCUGAUAAGCAUGCUCACACACACACAGACCAUCACACACUACCACACACAUCAGAUGGUGGGUAGGUACGAGUCUUCUCUUCUGCCCUCUCCACUCUCCACCACACCGCGUCCUUCGUACCAAUUUGUAGUAUUGUAAAGGCACUUUGAAAAGCUUCACUUUGUGUUAAAAUGUUUCUCUAAAGGCACACACACACACACACACACACACACUCACAAAUUCAUUCUACCUGAUUAAACUUUAUUGUAUAUACACUCAUACAAACACACCAGCCUGUGCACUCUUUUUGUUCGCUGAUUAAACAUACAUAUGUGUGCAUCCAGACAUGACUAUAGUCUGUUAAUAAGCUGUAGUCUCAUUACUUUUAAUCUGCUUUAAUGCAAUAAAUUCUAUUGUUGUGA